AUGUCGUCUGUUCGCUCACUCAAGAUUGCGUUUCGCAAAGAAAUGCGUCAUUUGCUCAGUGAGAUUUCACAAGAAGUUAUAGAACGCGAAAGCAAAAUCGUGACCGAAAAACUAUUUAACACUCCAGAAUAUAUUAAUGGUCAAAAUAUAAGCAUAUAUGUUAGUAUGCUUAAAGGAGAGAUACAAACAAAAUCUAUAAUACAGGAUAUCUUCACUAAAGAUAAGUUAUGUUAUGUUCCGCGUUGGAACGGCGAUAUCAUGGAUAUGGUACGAUUGUAUUCAUAUGAGGAGUUUUUAUCGCUCCCACUCAAUCGUUGGAGUAUCCCGGAACCAAAACACGAUGAAGAAAAAGAAAUCGCGACUCAAUUGGACCUGAUUAUAAUGCCAGGCUUGGCUUUUGAUCUAUUUGGUAAUAGACUUGGUCAUGGAAAAGGAUAUUAUGAUCGAUACCUAUCAAAAUUCAAAAAUAAUUCAGUAAAACCCCCCAAAACAGUCGCACUUGCACUAGAUGCUCAAAUCAUUAAAGAUAAAAUAAUCCCUACCACGGAUUUUGAUCAAAAACCCGAUCUUAUUGUUUCUUCAGGUCAAAUUAUUCGUCCCAUUGAAUACGAAAUGUAA